CUGUAUACAUUUGAAGUUAGUAUUGUUUAAAUGAAGCUUCUUGUUUACUGUACCCGGUUGAGUACAUGUCUUUAUAUCUGAAUGUUUUUCAAUAUAAUUCUCAUCUGUGAAAUAACUCUUAAUAAUGUUGUCUGAGCACUAUGACGUAACAUUAACGUAGUUAAAGCGACAGUGUUAACCAACACGUGACGCAGACGGCUCGAGGAGUAACGGGCGUACGGCCCCUUUAAAUCCAGCGGGUGACGUCAGCGCCUCGGUUUACUUUGCUUUGUCCCGGAGCCGUGUUUUCCAGAUCGCGACGCCGAGAGAAACCCGACGCACGGCUCGCGCUGCAGACGUUAUAACGCUCGUGCGUGAGUUCAUAACGGUGUCAUACCCGCCGCGGCGAUGCCGUCCGACAGACCCUUCAAACAGAGGAGGACCUUCGCUGAUCGCUGCAAAGAGGUCCAGCAGAUCCGGGACCAGCACCCCAACAAGAUCCCCGUGAUCAUUGAGCGCUACAAGGGGGAGAAGCAGCUUCCUGUUCUGGACAAGACCAAGUUCCUGGUGCCGGACCACGUGAACAUGAGUGAGCUGGUCAAGAUCAUCAGGCGCCGCCUGCAGCUGAACCCGACCCAGGCCUUCUUCCUGCUGGUGAACCAGCACAGCAUGGUGUCCGUGGCCACGCCCAUCUCUGAGAUCUACGAGCAGGAGAGGGACGAGGACGGCUUCCUGUACAUGGUCUACGCCUCGCAGGAGACCUUCGGCUGCUAGG